AUAGGAGAACAUGAAGACGGUAAUGUCCGAGACACACGAGCUUGCAUUGCAACAACCAAAUGUGGCAAUGUCGAAAGCAGAGAAUACUAUAGGGGGUUUGGUUGUACAGUUAGCCCAGGUUUGCCAUUGGAGACAGAGCAAGAUAAGUUGACUGCAUAGUAACACUCACCAUGGAUUCUCGAGAAUACGUCGAUAUUGCUUUGUCAAUGACGCCUGAUUACAGAUGUCAAGCGAUAGCUAGGUGUGGACGAAAGACGAAAACCAAUGCUUCUAAUCUUGUAGCCACAUCAGAAGCAGCUGAACAACAAGGUCCCAUGGUCUAGUGGUCAGGACAUUGGACUCUGAAUCCAGUAACCCGAGUUCAAAUCUCGGUGGGACCUUUGUCUUUUUUUGCCAGAAGAAGAAUGAGCACGAAAAUAAUGGAAGCGGAAACAAAUCUAUGGAUCAAAACUCAACAAUCUUCAAUCUCCCUUCCUUUUGCCAAGAACAUUCAACGAUCUUCAUCUGCAAUUCAACAAUCCAUAAUCUGAUUCGAAAUUCCCCUGAAAAAAAGCACAAUUAAACCGCGAAAAUGGAGUAAUUUCCAGCAAAUUUCCCGCCUCGAUCGUUCAUCUGCACCUAUCGCAGAGCCAAUCCAGAAUGUCCCGCCGGACCAUGGCAAUGUUGUCGUCCGUCUCUCCGAACAGCAGCGAGUGCAGCAUCCCGUCGUAGAUCUUGAUCGUCCUGUCCUCGCUCGCGGCCUCUUCGUACAGCGCCCUGCUCACUUUCGGAUCCGUCACCACGUCCGCGCUUCCGUGGAGGACGAGGAACGGAACCCUAACGUCUCGCAAUCUGUUCCCCAGACAGUCCGUAACCCUAAUCAGCUCCAGCACCGUCCCGAGCCGCGGCUUGCCUCUGUACCUCAUCGGAUUGAUCUCCGCGACCUUCAGCUUGUCUUUCACUUUGACGGAUGCACGGACGACGUCUCCCGAGGGGACGAUGGCCAGCGUCGGGAGGAAUUUGGCGACGACCGUGAGGAUCUGGGGGAUCGGCCAGCGAGGUCUCAUCUCGUCGGCGAUUCGGCACAUCGGUGCGACGAGCACCGCGCCGUCGAAUGCUGUGGGGCUUUGGAAGUGGAUGAGGAGGCACAUCGCGCCGCCCAUGGAUUCGCCGUAGAGGAAUGAAGGGAUGCCGGUGAAUAGCGGGUCUCGUUUGAUGGAGUUGAAGUAGGAGAGGCAGUCAUGGACGACGAGGUCGAUGUUGGGGACGUAGGCUUUGAGUCCCUGGGAUCUGCCGUGGCCUUCCAUGUCGAGACUGAAGCAGGCGAAGCCGUUCUGGGCGAGGAAGAUGGCUGUGGAUUGGAAGGUCCAGCUGCAGUCGUUGCCGUAUCCGUGGACCAUACAGAGCAGGGCGCGCGGUGGCUUGGAGGUGUUCGGCAGCCAUGACCGGGUGAAGAGCUUCAGGCCUCUGGGUGAGGUGUAGAACGAAUGUCCUGCUCGAAUUCCUUGCUGUUUGUAGUACUCUUGCUCUGGGAGAUCGCCCCAGUAGUGGAUCUCAUCGCAGCUGGUUGGGGGGAUUUCGUGCUCCUGCAUUCUUGGAGAUGAUUGGCCGAUUGGGAUGAAUCGUGAGACAGUCUGGCGUUUUUGUGAUAUGCCUUGGGAUUGUGUGGUGGUUUGGUGGCUGGAUGGUCAAUUUUGUUACUUUUCUGAUUUGUCGGCAACAACCAACUGUCAUUGAAGUUUCCGACUUUCAUCAACGCUGAAGUUUCAGGAGUAUGCUAGAGCAAUGGAAUCAAGUGUGGGACUCGUGACUUGGACAGAAGUUGGAAAAUGCAGCUGUACUCGAAAUUUGAGUCUAGUUUCGUGGGUGAACAUAGAACCGAUUGGAUGGUUAGUUGACCCUCUCUACACUAUGCAAGAUGCUCUUCUUUUCGGGCCUAAAACUCCAUUAAAGCCCCAUGUGCACUGUGGAGUUUUGUACCAAGAAGGAUAAAGCAAACUACUCGUCGCCGAUUUGAUCCCACUGGUCUUUUCUGGAGCUGGUCUACUUUUGCACCCACAAAUUUGCGGUUGUAGGAAAGACCAGGC